CACAUAUCCUCCUCAAAGUCAUCUAACUUUUUUUCUGUCUGCCUCUCUCUCUCUCACCUGCAGGUCUGCCAUUUACCUUCUCUUCUUUCCCAAAAGGCCUCCUCCACACACUUUGAUUUCCUCUUCGUUUUUGUUCAGCUGACAGGGGUUUGAUUUUCAGCUCACCUGAUCAUCAUCAGCUUACCUUUCUGUCUACUUACUACCUUCGAAACCAAAAGGUGGUUUUCUUCUUGUAAUUUUUUACUUUUUCUUUUAACCAAUUCCGGGGGCUGAUAUCCAUCAAAAGGAUGGCUGCACCGCCAAGUAGCCGGCUUCAGAGUAUGCUGCAGGCGGCGGUGCAAUCCGUUCAAUGGACAUACAGUCUGUUCUGGCAAUUCUGUCCACAACAAGGGAUCUUAGUUUGGGCAGAUGGGUAUUACAAUGGAGCAAUCAAGACUCGGAAGACGGUGCAACCCAUGGAGGUUAGUACCGAGGAGGCAUCUCUUCAGAGAAGUCAGCAGCUUAGAGAGCUCUACGAUUCUUUGUCCGCCGCAGAGACAAACCAGCCGGCACGGCGACCUUGUGCAGCCUUGUCACCGGAGGACUUGACCGAGUCGGAAUGGUUCUACUUGAUGUGUGUCUCUUUCUCUUUCUCCCCAGGUGUGGGGUUACCUGGAAAGGCAUAUGCAAAGCGGCAGCACGUAUGGCUCACCGGUGCAAAUGAUGUCGACAGCAAAACUUUUUCUAGAGCCAUUCUUGCCAAGAGUGCGCGCAUUCAGACAGUGUUAUGCAUUCCCCUCUUGGAUGGCGUCGUGGAAUUUGGCACAACAGAAAAGGUGCAAGAAGACCUUGCGUUGAUCGAACAAGUCAAGAGUUUCUUCACCGGACACCCCCACCAACCUCACCCGCCAAAGCCCGCUCUCUCCGAGCACUCCACUUCCAAUCCGGCGACGUCGUCCGAUCACCCCAGCUUCCACUCUCCUUCCGUCCCGGUCAUGUACCCAGUGGCAGACGUUCCUGUCAACACAAAUAAUCCAGAAGAAGACGAGGAAGAGGAGGAAGAGGAGGAGGAGGACGGCGAGUCCGACUCGGAAAUCGAAACCGGCCGUAACAACCGUCACAUUACGACGGCCACAAACCCCCAAGCAGCAGCAGCGGCCGAGCCGAGCGAGCUCAUGCAGCUGGAGAUGUCUGAGGACAUCCGGCUGGGUUCCCCAGACGAUGGGUCCAACAAUAUGGACUCGGAUUUUCACAUGCUUGGCGUGGGCCAAUCGGGCAAUCCAACGAAUCAGCAGCGCCAGGCUGACUCGUACAGAGCAGAGUCAACUCGAAGGUGGCCAUUGUCGCAACAAGAUCCGUUAUUGGGCAGUGGGAUUCAGCAACCACCUUCAGGAACUACUGCUCCACUGGAAGACUUGGCACAAGAGGACACCCACUACUCCCAAACAGUGUCCACAAUUGUCCAAAGCCAAACCAGCCGAUGGGCCAAGUCAGCAUCCCCCGACUACAUCUCUUACUCCACCCAAUCAGCAUUUACCAAGUGGACAACCGCAGUGGACCACCACCUCCGCAUCCCAAUUGACCAGAGCACAUCCCAAUGGCUCCUGAAGUACGUUCUCCUCAGCAUUCCAUUCCUUCACACCAAGUAUCGUGACGAAAACUCCCCCAAAUUACGAGAUGCCGACUCCACAAUGACUCGUUUCAAAAAGGGGACCCCCCAAGAUGAGCUCAGCGCCAACCACGUCCUAGCCGAGCGCCGCCGCCGAGAAAAGCUCAACGAAAGGUUCAUCAUACUAAGGUCCUUGGUGCCAUUCGUGACCAAAAUGGACAAAGCCUCCAUAUUGGGUGACACCAUUGAGUACUUGAAACAAUUACGUAAAAAAAUUCAUGACUUGGAGGCACAUAACCGGCAGAUGGAGGUCGAUCAACGGUCCAGAUCAUCAUUGGGGGACCUACAAAGGUCGAAUAGCUUAGGGGACCUACAAAGAUCUACUAGUAGUUUGAAGGAGCAAAGGAGUGGGGUAACAGUGGUGGACCGUGCCCAUGUGGGAAUGGAUAAUCGGGUUCAGGUUGUUCAACCCGGGCCGGAGAAGAGGAAGUUGAGGAUUGUGGAGGGCAGAAGUGGCUGUGCAAAAGCCAAGACUGUGGAUUCGCCACCACCUCCUCCAUCACCGACAUCGAUGGAGACGAUGGUAGAGGUGUCGAUCAUAGAGAGUGAAGGAUUGUUGGAACUCCAAUGCCCGUACAAGGAAGGAUUGUUACUUGACGUCAUGCAAACGCUCCGAGAACUCCGGAUUGAGACCACAACGGUUCAGUCUUCAUUAACCAAUGGGUUUUUUGUAGCUGAAUUGAGAGCCAAGGUGAAGGACAAUGUUAAUGGGAAGAAAAGAAGCAUUGUGGAGGUGAAGAGGGCAAUAAAUCAAAUCAUACCCCACAAUGACUCUUAGAUAUAUAGUACUGAAGGAUAUAUGUGAUUUUAGCAGGAAUCCAUAAUCUAACAAAGGAUGUCUAUAAGGAUAUAUAUGGAGUGCAAGUAGUGGAUCGAAGAGAUUAACAUGACACUAUGUUUGAAGUCUGUAUAUUUGAUCAUAGCCAAUCAUCUCUGAAUCCGACAAGAGAUUGGCGAAAACUAGUUAAUAUUUGAGACUGAAAAAUGCUUGAUCCAUUAUAAAGUAAA